AUGCUUAACGAGAUCAAGGAAAUGGCUUAAAAAUAGAAAUUUGGAAUUGAAAGAUUUUAUGAAGGCAAGGAGGUUAUGGUGAAAGAGAAUAAGAUAACGAUUGAUUUUGAUCAAUCAAUCUAACUUUUUUUGAAGCAAUUUCAUAGUUAUAAUCAAUAAAAUUAUAUAAUAGUUUUAGAAAUUAAACUCAAAAGCUUUUAGAUGCAAGGGGAAAUUGACUUUUUUUUCAUAGAAAGGAUGUGA